UUCCCAAAAGGAAUUCUUACUUCUGUUUAAGCUUCCUAUCUUCCUCAAACAUUGAAUCUUACCUCAUAUGGCUUUGAGAAAAAAAUUCACGUCUGUCCUCACAUUCCACCAAGUCUACUUAUUCAUCCUACACUUAUGACUUCCCUUUAGGACAUGAGACUUUUUGGCCUAGGUGUACACUAUUUUCCAAGUACCUCCCAAAUACCCUGGGGCCCUAGGAUCCCCAUGUCACUGAGCACAGAAUCCUCUAAGGAGCACAGCAUUGUUAUGUAAUAGCUUAACCCUCCCCCUUCACAUCUCAGGGACUGCCAAGCCAGCAGCCUCACUUUACUCUCCUCCCAGCUGCCCUGAUGGGAAAGUCCAUGUCUUAGGGAUACUCUUGCCUGUCUUCCACUUGACUGCUUGUGCUUUGGUCGAAGGCUCCCCUUCUUCAUGGGGCCUGCUUGGGCCCAGGUUCUUUUGACAGGUGCUCUGUGGCUGCCAGUGUUCUGGAUGCUCCUGACCCCUGUCUGUUGCUCCCGUGCCCCACCAGGAUGGCGCUUCACUUCUUCUGAAGUUGUGAUCCCCAGGAAGGUGCCCCGCAAAAGGGGUGGAAGUGACAUGCCAGACCAGCUCUCUUAUACCAUGCGCUUCCGGGGCCAAAGACACGUGAUCCAUAUGAAGCGAAAGAAAAACUUCCUGCCCAGACAUUUUCCUGUUAUUACUGAUAAUGACCAAGGCGCCAUGGAGGAGAACUACCCCUUUGUCCCUCAAGACUGUUAUUACUACAGCUACCUGGAAGGGGUUCCUGGGUCCAUGGCUACACUGGACACCUGCUAUGGAGGUCUGCGAGGCAUGCUGCAGGUGGAUGACUUUUCUUAUGAAAUCAAACCAUUGAAGGCUUCUUCCAAAUUUGAGCAUGUGCUUUCUCUCCUUGUGUCAGAAGAGACUGAAAAGUGUAGUGUUGAAGAUGAAGAGACAAAUCAACUACUUGAAGAGAUACAACUUGCUGAAAGUCCUAGAGCAGGCACCGUCUAUUUGUGGAGAAGACACAUGAAGCACGUAAAACUUCACUUCACAACUUCUAUAUCAUUAACCCAUCAGGACAGAAAUAGAACCAGAAUAGUAGAGAGGAUAGUGAUUAUGACCAGCAUCCUCCAUUCCAUUUUCAGACCAGUCAAUUACAACAUUUUUUUAAGGGUUAUAUUCAUCUGGGAAGUUAAAGAUAUGGUUAACUUAUAUAAGGGAAAUGUUCCAAAUGCUGUAAGUGAGUUUGGUUUGUGGAAAUGGCAUCGUUGGUUCACUCAGAUUCCACAUUCCACUUCAGUGCUUCUAACAGGACAUGAAAUUAAAGGAGCCAAUUAUUUUGCCAAUCAUAAUGGGUUAUGCAACCCAAAUUGGGGAGCAUUAUAUGUGUAUGCAACAAGGUAUCACAUAUUUUUGGCCGCAACUAUUGUAGCACAUGGAUUAGGUCAUAACUUUGGAGCGAUCCAUGAUGAACCAGGUUGUAUUUGUUAUCGAAGAAGCAAUUGUGUCAUGGCUCAGACGCCUAGUCUUCUAGAUAUGAUGAGCAAUUGUACUUAUGUGGAACUAAUUUCUAGAUUUGUUGGGUGGGAUACUUGCAUGAAUCUUCUGAAUGUUCCAUAUCAUAAUUUUCCUUAUAUAACUGGUCGUUGUGGGGACAAGGUCAAAGAUACAAGGGAGCAAUGUGACUGUGGCUCCUUAAAAGAAUGUACAUUUGAUAAGUGUUGUACAACCGACUGCCAAUUCACGAGUGGCAGUGUUUGUGACUCAGGAGGUUGCUGCAAAAGCUGUAAACAUGCACCCUCUGGGUUUGUUUGCAGAGAUAUAAAUGGUAUUUGUGAUCUGCCAGAAUAUUGUAAUGGAAAGUCAGAAAUUUGCCCAAACGACUAUUAUAUCCAGGAUGGAACCCCAUGUUCAGCGCUAUCUGUCUGUGUGAGAGGAAACUGCAGUGACCGUGACAUGCAAUGCAAAGCCCUCUUUGGAUACCAAGCAAAAGAUGGCUCGCCAGAAUGCUACAAAAAAUUAAAUGUAGUAGGUGAUCGAUUUGGAAACUGUGGGAUUAGAAUGCAAGAUCCGGGAAUCUUGCCUUUUAAAUGUGAAGAAGAUGAUGUUUUUUGUGGAAUGCUGCACUGUGAUGGUGUCAGAGAAAUCCCUGGAGGAGGUGAGCACACCACAUUUCGUCAUAUAAAAGUAUACGGUGCUAAAGAGGACCAUUGCUUUGGAUAUGAUACGCACGUUGGGUCGGAGGUGCCAGAAAUGGGGCUUGUAGUAGAUGGUUCAACCUGUGGCCCAGCACAAUUCUGUCUCAGACAGAACUGCACUUUUCACCAAGACAUGCAUUUUGACUGUGAUGUAAAGAAAUGCAAUUUCAAAGGGGUGUGUAACAAUAACAAAAACUGUCACUGUAUGCCUGGUUGGAAACCACCAACAUGUCAAGAGGUUGGAUUGGGUGGUAGUCCAGAGAGUGGCCCUCCACCUAACGUACAACAACAACGUAUUAGAGCCAACAUACUUGUGACUACCAACAAGAUACUCAUUAUAAUGUGUUUUCGUUUAAUUCUUCUGAUGUUCACGUUUCUUUUUGGUGGACUCACAAAAAGAAAAAAACUUGUAAAGCGUCGCAAGCGAAAGCGCUGA